CGAAGCACCAAGCUUCACCUUACUCACCUUACACCUUACAAAUUGACAACACCACAACCUCCAACUUCACGAUACCUGCUUACUUUCUUUGCCGACAACACUCCCCGACCCCAAGGACUUGCUAAUCGACUCUACGAUUCACAUACAAACACCAACCCGAAUCUAAGCUCACAUUCGUACAGCAACACCAAAUAGACAGACAAACACACAUCACCAACACCAUAAUGUCCCGAUCAACCCCCCGUCGACGCGGCGGCGGCCACGCCCGCCACUCCUCCCAGGGAAACCCAAUCUCCGGCCCCCGCCCCGUCCAAUCCGACUACGAAUCCGACGCGGCGCACUACAUCGACUCCCACCCCGUCCCGGACCCGAACCCAGCCCUCCUCAACCGCACAAACACGGACCUCAACCUCUCCGUCCUCCGCCGCUACCUACCCUCCAUAAACUCGACCCUCUCCAUCGCCGCCAACGCUGUCGUCUACACCUUCAACCCCACCCUCCCCGGCUGGGACAAGACGGGCAUCGAGGGGACCUACUUCCUCUGCAUGCAGGAUCCCGUUCCCGGCGCGGCACCGAAUCCGAGGGCAUGUAUCUUUGUGUUGAACCGCCGCGGCCUGGAGAAUGUGAUUCUCGAUCUGAGCGAGGUGGACGACUUUGAAGUCAUGGACGAGAUCUACAUCUUCCGUUUGCGCGGGACAAGCGAGGAGGCGGCAGAGGGAACGAACAAAGUCAUGGGCAUCUGGAUCCACGCAGACAAGGAGGACACGCGCGUUAUGAACGCCGCCCUCAUCUCCGAGACGCUCAAGCACGUCCGCCUCGCCGAGGAGCAGAAUGCCGUGGCUGGUUUCGGCGGCCCCGGUGGGCCAGGCGGCGAAGAGGAGCUGGGUCCCGCGAUGCAGGCCAUUGGCCGGAAGCUGAGCUUGAGCGACCUGUUUGGCGCGCAGAAUGGCCUCCAGGGCUAGGAGCCCGCGGUUUAUGCCGCGGGGGUCAGGGCGCGGGAGUCUUCGGUGAGGGGAUGGGGUAUUGCGGAGGGGUCCGAUGUGUGGGGAAUGGCAAAGAUUUGCCUGCGUGGUACCGAGAUGAAGAAUCUUCAGAGACGUUGAAGUCGGUAUUGAUGUUGAAGCUGAUGAUAGACUGGCAUGGCGAGGAACGGACUGCA